AUGCGCCCUACCGCUUGUGCGCUGCUCGCCGCGUGCUUUGCUGGCAUUCGAGCGCACCUUGGACACAGUGAAGAUUCUCAAAACCCUCUCGGGGCAGAUGAAGGGUUCCAGACCUGGGCAAAGAAAUAUGGCACUCAAUUUGACAUGAGUUUUUCUGGUCCCUUGUCAUUCGCACACUUGCCAUAUACCAAAUGCCUUGAAGCUGAAAACGAAGACAAACCAUUUGAUAUCGCUGUUCUGGGGAUGCCAUUCGAUUCGGCUGUGUCCUAUAGACCUGGCGCUCGUUUUGGCCCUUAUGGGAUUCGUUCAGGCUCCAGAAGAAUUAGUCCUGCUCGAGGAUAUACGACUGCAUGGGGCUAUAACCCAUACAAACAAGAUAUAGUUAUACGAGAUUGUGGAGAUGUCCCGAUUGUUCCGUUUGACAUGAAACAUGCUAUGGACCAAAUGCAGACCGCAUACAGUACCCUGAUCAGGGGCGAAGCAGCGACUCAAUCCAGUGCGGUCUCUGCGUCCAUGAGGAAUCUAGCGAAAGAUGGCAAGCUUCAUCCACGUAUUGUAACCCUCGGAGGCGAUCACGCAGUCAUUCUCCCUAUACUGCGUUCACUCCAUGAGGUUUAUGGGGAGGUCGCUGUAGUGCAUUUUGAUAGUCACCUUGACACUUGGCCCGUUUUGGGAUACUAUGGUAUCAAAGACAGUACCGUUAUUACUCAUGGAACUAUGUUUUGGACAGCGAUGACCGAGGGCCUUGUUGCUAGAGGGAGUAGUAUACAUGCCGGUAUUCGAUGCAAGAUGGCAGGAAUUGAAGAUAUUGAACAUGACAAAGACGCCGGAUUCUCUAUGAUAACUACUGAUGAUAUUGACCAGUUGGGACCGGACGGGAUUGCCGACAAAAUCAGGAAACACGUUGGAGAUAAACCAGUUUAUUUGAGCUUAGAUAUCGAUGUAAUUGAUCCCGCUCUAGCCCCUGCAACGGGAACACCUGAGCCUGGAGGGUGGACUACUCGUGAAGUCAAACGAAUCUUACGCGGGCUUACUGGCCUGAACGUUGUUGGCGCCGAUGUGGUAGAGGUAGCUCCGGCCUACGACACAAAUGCCGAGACUACAUCUCUGGUAGCUGCUGAUGUAGUUCACGAAAUGCUUUCGAUAAUGAUUGGGAAGGAACCAGCCAUCGUACGGCAUGCGGACAAAAAGUCGGGCACGAGGGUAGAGCUAUGA